UUUUUUUUGACUUUGAACCUCCGGUUCAACUCUUUUGAAAUUUUUAAAUUUUUUAUUUUGUUUUUAUUAGUCUUUUAGUGAAAAUGUUUGAAAGUAAACUAGUUAGAUUCGUUGUUGCCAUAGAUAUCGGAACUGAAUAUACCAGUUUUGCUCAUUCAUUGAAGCAUUCAUUCUCUCAAUCAACGGUGAUAUUCGAACAAUGGGAGGGACAAGAACAAGGAAUUGUUAAAUCACCUGCAAUAGUUGAGUAUAAUGAUGAUUAUUCCAAAGUCAUAAGAUGGGGUACACCAGUUUUAGAACAAUUAAAAAAUGCAUCAGAUAAUGCUGAAGAUACGGAAUUUCCAAGAGAAAUUUGUACUUUUCAAGUGUUUAAUAAUGAUAAUGAAGAUAUUUGGUUACCACCUGAACUUUCUAAAAAGAAAUUGAUAAGUGAUUAUUUAAAUGAGAUUCAAAAGGUUAUUCUUUCUACUUUACAAGAAAAUUGGACUGGAAUUAAACCUUCUUCUGAAACUGGUACUGUAUUCAUUGUACCAGAUAGAUGGGGUCCAACAACUUGUAAUAUUUUAAGUCAAUGUUUACUUGAAAAUGGAUCACUUUGUGAUCAUAAAGAAAAGAUUCAAUUUAUUUCAAGAGGUAAAUCUAUUACGUUAAAUUGUCUUAAUGAAAACAAGGAUGUCUUAAGUUCUGGAGAUUAUUUUUUGAACGUGGAUAUUGAUAAAGAUACAAUUAAUUUGACCACGAGAGAAUGUAUAUCAAAAGAUACAUUUAGUGAAAUACUUGAUCGUAAAGGAGAUUAUAAAGAAAAUUCAAGUAUUGAAAGAAGAUUCUUAACAUCUCAAGGAAUCACUAACGAAAUUUUUGAUCAAAAAAAUACAAAUUUAAAACAAAUUUAUCAAGCACAAUUACAAAUUCAACCAAAAGUUCAAUCAUUACUUCAAAAGUAUUUAUCAAAUGGUAAAACAACACAAGCUGUUGAUAUAGAUUCAAUUAUACCAUCAUUAAAAGAUACAGUAUUAUCAUUAACAAAUGAAGAUUUAAAGAAAAAAUUAGAGAAAAAUAAAUGGUGUGUUGAAUUAGAUACAAAAAUCAUUUCAGAUUUAUUUGAUCCUUUAGUAGAUAGAUUACAACAUAUUAUUGAUUUAAAAUUAACAAAUGAGGCUGAAUAUAGUGGAAAAGAAUAUUCUGUUAUAUUCUUUGUCGGUGAUACUUUUAAGUGUAAUUAUUUAGUAGAGAAAAUUAAACAAAUGAAAUUUAGUAGUGAUGUUAAAAUUUGUAUUUUGCCUAAUUGCGAAGAUUUAGUUGUAUUGAAUGGAGCUUUAGAAUAUGUACAAGAAGAUUAUUUAUGGAAUGUAAUGACUAGCUUGCUUAGGAGAUAAUUUUCUUUUUUUGGUUAUUUUUCUUAAUCUUUUUAAAUAUAUAUAAAUAUAUAUUUUCUCAUUAAAGUUAUAAAGUUAUUUAAAUAAAGUAAUUAAAAAAAAAGUUUAUCCCUC